CGGUUACAGCCAUUCGUCAACCAUUACCAAGACAGUCAGUCUUAUGUAGUCCCAGCCCUCAAUACCGUGCAAAUAUAUCUGCCGUAUAAGAGCACUGGAGUGCAACUAUAUAAAGUCCUAUUCAGGUUCCCAAUGCUAAUGCCGUUCAACUGGGAAUCGCGGGUAUAAGGAAUUCAACGACUUAGAACCAAAGGAACAGGUGAACCGCGAGACGGCCCAAGAGACGGCUCGUUAGAUCCAGGGCUACGUCGAUUAUGCCCGGCGAAUGAUCAUGAGGG